AUGGCUGUAAAGAUCACAGGUGGGAGAGAGUUCAAGGGCAAGAUUCAAAAUGAAAAACAGAAACGUAAUGUGCAGGGCAUUUUUUUUAAAAAGAUCUUCAUGAAUACAUUAAAAUAUCUACAGACUCAUGAAUAUCUGCUGAAUGUAGAUUUAUGGAGACUCAAGUCAGAACUUGAGAGACUAUUGAAAACAAGCUUCAGUUUUGUGAACCGUGUUUUUGGCGUCAUCAAGGAGUCUCCUGAGCCUCCUGAGACCUCACCACUGAUGGAUUUCAUCUCUGCACUCACAAAGCUAAAGAGGGGCAGCCUCUGUCUGAGCCACCAGACCUUCUGCCUGAAUUACUUAGUCACUGCCUUUUAUCUUGAGGACCUGAGGCAAAGAGAUGACUUUGGAAUAAUGUAUUGAAGACGGUGUGUGCAACAUGAACAGUGAGGAUGCCUCCAGCUACCUGAGCUGCUAGUGGCCCCGCUGCACAGGCUGACUCGGUACCCCUUGUUGCUGAAGACUAUCUGGAAAUGGAGUAGACACUCCAUGGAGAAAAUCAUGGUCUACACCAUCAAGGAAAAGUGGAGAGGUUAAUCAGUAAGGGACCUUGAAGGAAAAGUGAAGUGGCCUGACAAUUGCCAAAAAUGUAGACAGGAGAGCAUAGUGUGGCCUCCACUUUGGGACAAAGACAAAAGGUUCUUCAUUCCAGAGUGCCUGAAACACAUUUUUAAAGACUACAAGGCAGAAAACAUCUUGUCACCAACCAACACCCUUUUCUAUGAAGGAAAAUUAACCCUUGCAGAAAGCACAAGAUUCCUAGAUGUUUAUCUGUUUCUCUUUGAUGAUUUCCUCUUAGUUACGAAAACUAAUUGCAACGAAACAAAACUUGGAGGUUCAGGCACUGGUUUAAUGUGUCCUUCCCUUACUGCUGAGCUGCGAACAGUAAUAAAAGAGGGUGGUUCAUGUAUGGUACUUAAUCAGUCCAUUCCUCUAGGUAGAUUGGUGGCCAAAAGUAUUAAUCCACUCGACGUGUCUGUGUUUGGACUGAGAAAUGCUUUCCUCGUACAACAGAACAGGUUACUGACAGUGUGUGUAGCAGCGUUCUUACUGCAAACCCAAAGAGAAAAUAUCUAAAAAAUAUGGGUGGCACAAAUAACAGCAGGAUCUUACUUUACCAAGAAUCAGGAAACCAAGAAAAUAUCUUGGUUUACAUUGCCUGCAGAAUCUUCUGAAAUGUAG